AUGGGAAUUGACUGUCCUGUUCUAUACCAAGAUGAACGAUGCGUACUUUUAGAUUCGCCAGCUUCUAUCCGAUUUGAACCUUCUCUUGAGUUUAUAACCAGUAAGCCUACUAUGAAACCAUACCCGUUGCCUGAAAAGGAACAUGUUGGGUCAUCAGAAGAAGCAGAUCCGUUGGUAUUGCAAACUCUGGAUGCUCUUGUACAGAUUUGUACUUGGAUCAAAAAAUCCUCAAAUAAGCUUGGUGAAAGAGAAUUGGUCACCAAGCACCGAAAGGUUGAUAAUGAAAUUUCUUCAUCUGUAACACACAUCCCGGAAGCUUCCCCCUACAGGAGAAGCCAUUUAGUGAUGGACUUUCGGACAAAAGAAGAGCUUACAGGACAAUAUCGUUCUAUGAUUUAUAUUUUGAAGCAAAUCCCGCCUGUGUUAUCCAUCAUAACACUUCAAGAUUCAAGUGUACAAGAGUAUGGUCUUGAAGAUCUAUAUCAACAGUUUCUUUGCAAUCGGAGCAGCCAUAUAGUUCGAUUAAAAUUAAACGGUGUCAAGACGAUUGUGAACGAAGAUCAAUCAGUGCCUGAGUGGUCGAUUUUUUACGUUCCUCCCGGGGCUUCUUUUAUAAUGGGUGAUGUUGAAAAAACUUCCAACGUGCUGCUAGAAGCGCUGGAAGACAUGAAGUUAGACGCAGUUGUCCUUGAUCCCCCUUGGCCAAAUCGGUCAGUCGCUAGAAGAAACACAUAUCCUGUAAAUAGGCACUUGGGAUACUUGAGAGAUAUCCCCAUCAAACAUCUACUAAAAAAAGAGGGUAUCGUGGCCGUCUGGUGUACGAAUAAGAAAAAGUACAUCGACUUUAUUAAAAACGAUUUGCUUCCUUCCUGGAAUAUGUGCUAUGUUGCGACAUGGAUUUGGUUAAAAAUAACUAUGCAUGGUGACCCCUUGUUUGACAUUCAUUCAAAAAUGCGUAAGCCAUGGGAACAAUUAAUUAUAGGAGCUACGCCAGACUAUUUGCAAAAGCAUUGUAAAAGAAUACAAGAAAAUUACACCCUCGUUAGUGUUCCUGAUUACCAUUCUAGAAAACCUUCUUUACACCCAUUCCUGAAAGAGUGGUUACAAUGUGAUCCCAUAGGCUUGGAAGUCUUUGGCAGGUGUCUUUUGAAAAAUUGGAUAACCUGGGGUCAACAGCCUUUAUAUUUUAUGAACAGUGUGUAUUGGAAAUGCAAUGAAAGGGACGAUGAGCCAUAG